AUUUAUUGUGAAUGGAUUAUUAAUAAGAAGAUGCAUAUAAUUUUCAUAUUGUUGAUAAAUUGAUUGACCGAGUGGAAAUUUUGUUUGGAAAAUAAGUGGAACCAAUUAAUUUCAUAAAUAAAAUAAAAGAAGUUUAAAAGAACAAUGCGAGAAACAUUGCAUGUUUGUGGUAAAAUAUUAACGACGGAUGAUUACCACUUUUUUGCUCUAUGCUGUGAAAAGUGUGAUGCAUCCUUCGGUCAGUGGUCAGGAUUUCUGAAACAUUUGAGCAAUAAACAUGAUCUUGAUUUGCCGCUAAUCAACACAUUUAUAAGGGAGGAUGAGCAAAAUCCAGAAUGUGAUGAAAUAUCUAUUAAAGCGACUUUGAAACAAGAAAUGGAAAAUGAGCUAAAUAAACAAAUAAAAGUUGAUGCCGCAGAAUAUGAAAGUAAUGGGGAUUUUAGCGACAGUGAACCCGAAGAUAAUGCGAAAAAAAUUGAGUCCAAUGAUGACGGUCAAGACAAUGAUUGUGUUAGCAUUAAAUCGGAUGAGUCGACAGGUGCUUGGAAUAAGACGGAGGACAACAACCAUUUGAACACAUCUAGUGAAGGUGAACUAUUCCAAGAUUCUAAGAAAAAGCUUAAAGCGUUUAAUUUUAAUAUCUACGAAGCGUAUACUCGAGAUAUAUCGAAUAAAUUUCUUAAAAUAAUAGAAAAAUAUCCAAUUUUAUGGAAUCAACAGCAUUCGAAUUAUUGGUUGCCUGAAAAACGCACCCGUGUACUCUAUUCAAUUAAAGAAUACAUGGCCAAAGUGGGUUACACAGUUAGUGAUUAUGGAUUGCGCAGCAUAAUUCAACGCAUAUUACGCGAUCAUAAAGCUUAUAAGCAAGAACUUGCGGUUUGUGGACGCUUAGAUGAACCUAAAACGUUGUUUUUAAAGAAAUGUAAAUUUUUGGAGGGUCCACAGAAUGGCGGGGCUAUUGCAAAUGAAGCAGAAAACGAUUCAGAUGAUGACCAUCCGAUUCAUGACGACUUAGAUGAUGAUGAAUUUCUUUUGAGCUCCGAUAUCGAUUCAAAUGCUGGAAACAAUCCCUCUGAAAUAAAUGCAUUUUUAAAAGAUUCGCGAGAUGGUAAACGAAUCUGUUUUAAUAUGACUGUAAAUCCACUUAUUGAUGAGUUCGUCAGUUUGCUGCGUGACAAUCCAGUAUUAUGGGAAGUGGGCCAAUUUCAAAAUUUAACCGAGCGUAAACGCAUUUUGGAAUCUUGGAUACCUAUUUUUCAGGAACGUCACAAUGUCAUCUUUACUUAUAAAGAUCUUACAUUGAACUUAAAGAUCUUACGCCGAACACUUACAAACAUGGAAGAACGCAAAGUAUUGGCUAAAUCCGCGCAACAUCUCAAGGAUAUCUGCAGUUUCCUGCCUAAAGCCAAACCAAUUACACGCCUCAAAUGUGAAGAAUGUAAUCGUAAUUUUCUCACAGAAUACACUUUGCAAGCUCAUAGGUAUGCCGCACAUAAUAUUGGCACCAAUCCUUUCAAAUGUGAGGUGUGUGGCCGUGAUUUUCAAGCACACAAUCAGUUAGAUACACAUUUGCGUCGAGUGCAUCUCAAACAGUUUUCCGUUUAUUGUGAUGUCUGCAAUCGUGGUUUCUUGCAGCAUAGCGCAAUGGUGCUACAUCGUCAAACUCACACCGGUGAGAAAAUGUUCGUAUGCGAAACAUGUGGUAAAUCAUUUAGGCGAAAGAUUAAUAUGCAACAACAUUAUAUGCGUAUACAUUUGCGUCAGCGGAAUUUCAAUUGUGAACUGUGCCCGAAAACAUUUUAUUUAAAAUGCCAUCUACGCGAUCACAUGAAUGCUCAUCUAAAUAUCCGUAAUCAUAUUUGCCCCACCUGUGGCAAAGCUUUUCACAGUAGUCAUGCACUAAUGCGACAUAAGCAAAUACAUUCGGAGGUUAAGCGUUAUGCUUGCAAGCUUUGUGAUGCACGUUUCCAUCAGUUUGUUGGUCUGAACUCACAUAUGAAGAAUAAACAUAAAUUUGUAAAUGAUAAGGAUGAGGAAGUGCAAACUCAGCCUGUGGUUCAUAUGACAACGCUGCCUGCCAAUACAACGCCAGAUACUUCCAUGCAAAUCAAAGGUGAAGUUGUGCAGUCUUUGGAUAGUUGGAAUAUGCAAAAUGUUUUGUGUGUAAAUUAAUCGUCUGAUGUAAACGACCGAGAAAGUUGAAGACAUUCAGUGAAUAAUAAACCAAAGUAGUUUUAAAUGCCAUUAAA